GACGCUCUCCCGUGAAUACGCCAAGCCAUUGUUUCCGACGGUCCGGGAGAAAAAGUCCAUUGUUGCUGCGAACUUUUUAAUCUGGGGGAUUUAAAGCCCAUCACAUGCUCAGACAGAGCAGCGGGGCGCCCUGCCACUCAGCUGAAAUCCAUACCGAGGAAGAAAAGUUUUCCUCCGGACAGGACCUCCGGGAAAUACACUGCAAUGCCUGCCCACGGCGCAGGACUGUAGGGACUUGGGGAGUCCCACUGGACGACGGGAAGCUUCUCUUUCCGCCCUUCUGGAGCCAAUUUCAGGAUAAACAUGACGCUCGUGUACAGGCAGAGCUGCAGUCCCACCAGGCGGCGGUGAAGGAGUCCACCACCGUCGCCUCCUCCUCGGUCAUACCCGCUCACGUCUGGCCCGUCCUGCUGCCCGUCUCCACGGUGCUCUCAGCGCUGUCCCUCACCCUCAACUUGAGCUCCGUGGUCGUGAGUCUCCUCCACAGCUACUUUUCCACGGAGGUCUGCAGAGGGGAGCAGGACACCGAGAGAGCAGACUGGUUCCUUCUGGACAGCAGAGCUGUACGACAUGUGGCGAUUGGACUAUUCUGCCUGGGGGUGUCUGUCUAUUUGGCAGCCAUGUCCAUUUUCAUGCUCCUGAUAUUUGAGAUGGAAACCGGCAUCGCCAGCGCCUGCGUACUCUCCUCUGGGAUCCUGAUCUUGCUGGCGACGGUGAUACACUCCCUGGUCAAAGCUUCUCGAAGUGCCAAGCGCUACAAAAGCGACCUAUCCGACACCCUCUACCAAAACGACCACAGAAGCAGCAGCGUGCCCAUUUCGCGGCCCUGUGAGCUUAGAGUCGGAGUGGACAAACCGCGGAUUCACCGCAGCCAGUCUCAUCACAUGCAGCAUCCGCUCUCUUACCCAACGUGUGGCAACGUCAGGCAGAGGGAGCACUAUCAGCAGCAGUACUCCCCCACCGAAGGCUCCCAGAGCCACUCUACCGAUAAAGAUGGAUACAGCACAGGAGGGAGCUGCCCUCGAAUGCACCGGACCUUGUCUACUGAAUCUGGCUUACUGCAGGCCCAGGUGAAACCCUGGAAUGGAGUCAACAACGAGAUGAGGAGCGUUUUGGCGCGCAAAUCAGGGAUUUCAGCAAAAGACUCAACGCUUGUGUGAGCCGACAUUCUUUUCAGAGGAGUGAGGAAUUGGAGAACUGAUAUCUGACUGCAAGUUUGUGGAGCAAGUGAACCCACACUGCAGAGGGAAAGCUCUUCGUUUCUUCACUGUACAAAUGGCAAGUUUAUCUUGUCUGGCUGCAUUCAAAAUGGCCAAGUUUAAGUUAUACAGUCAACUUUAAACAUGAUCCACCAAUCUGAAUAACACAGGUAUUGACUGGUGUUGGAUGCUUACAGUAUGAUAACCUUAACAAAAACUACCCCUGGUUUUAAAGGACUGUGUAAUUUACACCACAAAUUGAAACAAUAAUGUAUUACAUGAUCAAAUUGCUUUUACAUAAAACAAAAAAAGCCACCAGAUGCAACAUAUUUACAGCUACAGAUAUUAGAAAUACCAGCAGUUCUAAAGCCGGGGUCACGACCCCACAUGGGCUGCAAAUCAAUAAGUUCCUCCUCAGGAAUCAAAUGAAAUUCAAAAAUUUUUCAGUAGUUGUCAAAUACAGGAUUUUUUUUAAAUUGGGCAUAAUUUGUCAUUUAUUUCCUCUUUUGCAUUUUAUAGGUGAAUAAAUAACAAGCUGAUAAUUACUCUGACAAUAUGCUCGAGUAGCCAACCUGCUGCUUAAAUGUCAGGCAGCUCAUAUAUUGACCACUUCAUAUUGUGGCACUGAAUUCAAUUUCAAACCAAUAACUGGUAAUGUUUUUCCAUCUACAAAUUUAACCAAGUAUUCCCAAAGAGCCUUAUUUGUCUUUCUCUGAAGUGAUGGAGAAAUAUGGGAAAUAUUAAUUCAGCUGACCAGCAGUACACAGUGGAAUUUAAAUUAUAGGAACAACUCUAAAACCUUGAUGUUGUUGACCAGUCCAAAAAAAUGAGUUAUAAUACACCAACUAGAUACAUGUGCAAACUUUAUCAUAAUACUGUAAAUACAUUAUUUCACUUUAUAAAGUGUUUUUAUGUCGGAAUUGUGUGCGUGGAGCGAUUGUAUUUCUUGACGUGUUCAAAAAUAUUUCAUGUAGAACCUUAAAUAAACUGUAGAAAGAAACCUUGCUUCUUUUCUAGAUAAAUCUAGAAGAACU